GUGUAGAUAUUAAGGAAUUCCUGGCACUUAGAAGCAUUCUGUAAGUAAUAACCUAUUAUCAGUGCAGGGACAACCAUACCUAGAGAUUUCAACCCCAUCAGGGCUCUUUGUUUUUAUCUUUUUCAUCUUUAGUAAAAGUAUAGACCAGGCUGCUGUAAUAAAGAGACCAUCAAAAUAUAGUGGCAAAAGUCGAUUUCAGUACAAGGUAGAAGGUUAUUUCUCUCACCUGUGCAGCAAUAGGCAUGGGGUCCAGGGCAGGAAGGUGGCUGGGCUCCAUGAUGUCAUCUGGCACCCAGGUUCCCAUCUUGUCACAUGGCCACGCUGAGCUGCAAGGGAGGCUGUAAAUUUAGUGUCUAGUUGGGCAGCCAAGAGUCUGAGGAAGGAGAUUCUGGGAGUAAAGAGGAGAGGGAGAGAAUGGAUGCAGGGAGACAGCCAGCAGACUCGCCCAGGCCUGGGUGUUGGCUUCCUUUUCUGCUGCUGCCACUGGGCUUUCUCCAUGCACUGGGGCACGUGGCAGCUGACAGCUCCAGACUUGCAUCCUCCCAGCUUGGGGGCCCUGAAAGAAAGAUUUCUUCCCUCCAGUUCUAAUUUGGAAAAAUCUCAGAGAAAGGUUCUCACUGGUUUGUCGGGAAUCCCGUGCCCUCUUGGAUCAGUCGCUGUGGCCAAGGACGUGUGGCCCUGUGAUUAACCCGAUCCAGGUCAUGGCCUUUCCUCCAUCCCCCCACGGUGGAGAAACAGCAGAGCCCAUUUCCAAAACAGAGUGUUGGGAAGACAAAAACAAUACCUAUUACAAAUAGUAAACAAGUCUAUCAUUGUGGACUGAUACGGUUUGAAAGCGUGUUGACAGUCGUGUGUGUCCUGGGAGAAGCCAGCUGGACUCUGUCUCCAUGGUGGCUCUCACCCCAGGGACAGUCUAUCACCAGACGGUUACUUUUAUUACCACAGAGAAGAAAAUCUCUUUGUCCUCAUAAUACUCCCAGAAGAGCAGGCAGAUGGAAGAGACCUUGGUUGGUUAGGGCAGAGGGGCUAGUUGGCUCAUGUAGCUGAUAGGGCCAAGUCUAGAUGUGGCUUGAGGCUGGAUUCUAGGACUGACCACAGCAUCAGCAGGCAGCUGUCUCUCUUCAGCUCUUGACUCUGCUUUCUUGUGAACUGGCUUCAUUCUCAAGGCUUUACAAUGUGACCCUGUAGCUUCAGUUGUUGAUAGAAAGAGCUCCUCUUCCCUGAUAAAACCCCUGGACCUGUCUCUCACUGGUCCAAAUCGAGGAGGUAUCCAGACUCAAGUAACCACUGUGGCCAGGAAGAUGGGAUACACUGAUGGGCUGGGCCUGGGACGUGAACCCACAUGGACUGAGACUUGGUAGUUGAGGGUGAUUUUACCAGAAGAGGAGAAGAAUGGGUGCUGGGCAGGAAGAAUCAUCAGGUGUCAAGUUCAGAACUUUCCCUUUCUCUGGACAUCUUCACUUUUCUCCGUCUCCCUUCCCAGCCUUAGCCCCUCAAUCCCUCAUUACUCUUGGUCUUGGGGAGUACCUUCUGAGGGGUACCUGGGCCUGGAUUAGCAGCACAGAGAGGAUGUUGCUUAGCCAAAGUAGGGUGUUCAAUAAAGAGCCAUCUGAAGGUGCUCUUCUUCCUGAAACUGCUUCCUCGUGGACCCCAUAGCACCUUAUUGCCGGUGUGUUGUGUGUGUGUGUGGGGGUCCUUGUCAACGUCUAGGUGGAAUUGUAGUUGUGUCCCUGUGUUCCUAUCUGAGCCCACGCUAGCUGUGAGCUCCUAAGAGGGCAGACAUGAGCCUGUGGUAUCCAGCACAUACUUAAUGGGGUGGGUCCUGGAUGUGGGUCCCUCUCCCCCUAGUUUCCACCCUACCCUAGAUAAGUCUCAUGUUGCAGGAUCCUGGGUGCUGGGAACAAGGCUGAAUGGUUGACUUGUGAGCCUCCUGUUGACCGAUUCUGUUCCAUGUAGCUGCACAGGGACCUUGUGGUUGAUUGGGAUCUGUGGUGGCUUCUGAAUUAGUCACUUCUGCAUGAGCCAGUUCACUCAGAGCCCAGGCCGCAGCCCCAUUCUUAGUCACUCUGGCCCAUCUGGGUGAUGGCAGACUUGGAAUGAAUCAGACAAACAUUGCUCCUGUUAACACAUCCUUGGCAGUUUCUCAGCUAUAAAGCAGGGAUCUUGCUGGCUAGGGAGGCCUUUCUUGGUAUCUUGAUCUGGCUGGUGAGAGCCCUCAGGGUGUCCAGAACGCAGAGCUCAGCCGUGUUCUGACUUGCCCUCAGCUGUUCCCCAGGACAGACUGCAUCUAACAAAACUGGGUGGUUGCUGUGCGUGGUCAGAUCUAGCUGGCUGAUCUCCUAGGGGUAGCUUCUAUGGAGCUGUGAGACUCCUGAAAUGGCAGGGCUGAAACAGUGUGUUCAGUGGUCUGGUAGUUUCAAAACAGGUGUCAGCAAAAUGUCCUGCCAGCAUGGACCAGUUCCCAUAGGUCCAUGAUCACUGAAACCCUGCUAAAGUCCCAGUGAUGGGGUUGUGCUUUUGUAGAACAUAUACUUGCUGCUCUUUAGGGAUAGGAAGUGGGGGCCCUGACCACAUGCUAUGUCACUCGUAUAUUCAUUUGACAAGUACUUACUGUGCCACUACUGAGUGCCAGGCACUGCCCUCGUGGAGCGUAAGACAGAACCAGUCCCUGCCUGCAGGGAUCUUACAGCUUAGCCAAGGGAACAAAGUAGACUUCUCUGAUGGAGGCCUGAGGGGCCCUUCUUGAGGGUGACCCUAGCAGCGAAGGGUGUGGGUGCUGGGGGCAGCAGAUCAAGUCCCAGCACUGCUUGUGCCUUUCAGGGAGUUAUCUCGCCUUGUGGAACCUCAGAUUUCUCAUCCUUAAAAUGGGGAAGAUGUGUCAGGGUUGUUACGAUGAUUAAAUGCAUUCAUACAUGAGAAUCAUGAGUACAGGCUCAUGGUGAGCGCUCGGUAAGCGGUACAACUACUGUUACUAGGACGGCGGCACCUAUAGCAUACUAGGUGUGUUAUACUAUUAUGUAGACCUUCCACUAUUAUUAGGAAGUGAAACCCUACAAGGUGCAGCAUUCCUAGAUUUUUUAAAAAUUUAAAAUGAAAUUAAGACCACCUUUCCCUUUAUAACUGGUUCACUAUAAAGAGGAGAUGGGGAAAAGAAAUCACCCGUCCUUGCUUUGCAUCUAGGGGGUGCGAGGCACUUCUUAGAAAACGUUUACUCCUCCCAACCGUCAAAAAAGUAGGGGUUUUUACAACCCAUUAUAUAGACAAGGAAACCAAUCUUCAGAGAGGUUAAGUAAAUUUGCCCGAUGUCACAUAGCUAAUUAAUGGCUGAGCGGGAAUCAAAGCCAAGUCUUCCCUGGCUGCAAAGUCCAUGUUUUAUGCAGCAAAGCACUUGGCCCUGAGGACUACACUUGCUGCUCUGUCAGUUAGUCCUUUGCUUUCCUGCAGUUUCUGCUGGUGGGUCAGCCACACCUGCUUUUAUUAUGAGCUCUGACCCUUACCCUGAAGUGAGAAGAGAUAGCACAGACGUCCAGCUUCCCUGAGGAGGCUAAAAAUAGCCUUUUCUGUAUCUUCAAGUCCAGUGGGCGUCAGGCAGACGGUUGGUGCAUAUGAUAAUCAGUCAAGAAAGAGACACGGGAACGGAGUCCACACCUCUCUGGCCUUCAGACCUUAGCUCUGAAGCCCAUGGGUGUUCUUGGUCCUACCAACUUGUCUCUUCAGCUGCAUUCAUCUCAGCCUUUGCUGUCUGCUGGGUGCACUUUGUGACUUCCGAUGGAAGUAGCAAAAGCCUGAGGAAGCAAUGUGGCCAGAGGAGAGGGGAGAAAAAGGAAAUGUGAGAAGCCCAGGAACUGAAAAGGCCUGUUGAUGACUUUAAGCAACUUGGGAAUAGGCACAAGUUCUUUUUAUUUCAAUAAUAAUAACCACCACCACCACCACCACCAUCACCAUCACCAUCACCAUCACCACCACCAUGUACUUGGUCCUACUUGAAGUACUGUGCUCAUAGAAUCUCUUCACAAGAACCUUAGGAGAUAGGCACAUAACCUCCUAGAUAGAAUCCUAGGAGAUGAGUGCUAUAAUUACCCUCAUUUAUAGACCUGGAAAUUGAGGCACAGAGAGGUUAAGUCACUUGCCUGAGGUCACACAGCUAGUCAGGGGUGGGGCUGGUGUUUGAGAUCAGGAUUUUUUUAGUCCAUGAGUUUAACCAACACAUCACAUUGCUUUUUGGUAGGAGGGAGGGAGUGAGGGAGUGAGCAAGUGAACCAAAUGAGUCUGGGAUUUGGUUCUUGCCAGACAGACAAGGCCCUGAGAGGCCAUGUGCAGACAGGUGUGCUUUGGAGUCAGCAGAGUUGGGUCGAAAUUCAGACUCUGCUACCACUUCUUGACUGCCUGACCUUGGGCAAGUAACGGAAUACAGAAGUACUUAUUUCCUCAUCUUCAAAUGGGAAUAGUAGUCCUUUUCUCCUGGUGUCUUUGGGUGGAUUCGAGGUAAUUUCUGUAAAGCUCUUGGCCUCAUGCCUGGUGUGUAGUGGGUCCGUAAGGGCUUGUUGUUAGCAUUGUUAUUGCUGGUCCUGUGCGGAUGGACUGGCUUUGCAUGGCCCAGCUGCAGCCGUACAAAACUGAAACUCGACGUUGACAAGGACUAGGAGGGACUGUGAAAGCAGCUGUUAAAGGAUGAAAGGGAAUUACAGUUUCUUCAAUGCUUCAUCAUUUUUAAAGUAAAUAUUCCUAAUGGAAUAAAUAAAACACACUUGAAGUUGCAGUAGGUGCUCAACAAGCCUUUGAAUGAAAUGAAAAACACUCUAAAUAUUUUUUAAUUUAAUUCGAUUUAAUUGCUUAAAAUAUGAUAGUGGAUACCCUUGGCUGGUUGUUACUGAAAGGGGGCCUGUGCAAAAAGAAUGAACACUGCAGGCCUGUAAUGAUAACCCUGUAGGUGCUGAAUUUACUGCCAGGGGGUUGAGUAAAUUUGUAAUGAAAAAAAAUGGGAAGUUUUUUUUUUUAAAUGCCUUUGUCUUUUGUGGCUAUUGUAUCUGAGUAUAUGAUAAAAUUGAUUUAAAAUGUUACAUGCUUGUAAUUUCAUAAAUGCUAGAGGAACCAUCUCAAACUAACAUGCAAGAAUACAAUAAAAUUAAGAAGGUGUUGGUGGGAUACAGCUUCCUUGCUUUUGCCAUUGGUGGAUGGGUUGGAAUUUAAAUUCUUUGGAUAUUGGAACCAGAACAUGUCUCCAUAACCAAUGAUUUUCUCUGUGACUUGUGUCUGUUGGAGCCUCUGGAAAGAGGGUGAUGACAUGAAAAGAGAGGCAAUCUCUGGAUGGAAAUAUACAUUUGUAUUCGAAAAAGCAGUUAAAUUGCUAAUGAGCCUCUGUUGAAAUCAAAUAUCUGACCCUUAGAAGCUGAUGACUGUCCAGUCUGAUGUACAUAUUUUUGAGUGGGUCAGUUUGGGCUCCAAGACUGACAAGAUAAAAAGGAACCUUGCUGCUGCUUGGACGUGGACCAUGGCUGUCUGGCAUUGCAGCAUACCUUUGCUGCUGCCGAAGAAAAGCACCUGGCUUGUUUGGAACCCCAAAUUCACUGAUCCUAGUUGCCUGGACCCAACUCUAAGCUGACCCCUGAUACUGGCUGUCAUGCACUGUUUCAGCCUCAGCAGAAGCUAUGCUCAACUGAAAGCAGACUCGGGCUCCGUGAAUAGGACACAGAUGCUGGGACCACUGGAGAUUUAGGACUCCUCCAGUAGGGCUCUAAAUGAUGAAAACAUACAUCAUGGAUGCUGGCUGUACCACCUGAGUCACGUACAGAUGCCCAUGGGAAAGCGUCUGUUCUCUGAUGAGACCAUCUGAAACCAAGCUGCUGAUCAGCUCUUUAUAUCUGAUGCCGAGGCGAAUUGCAUCCUGACUUGUGAUUCCUGCCAAAAGCUGCAAGUGAGAGGAGGGCACAUCACAGGGGCUCUGACUCUUCCACCCGCUUUUGACAGAUCAGGCUCUGGGCCUUCUCUGGGGGAUGGCUCGCUGCUGCUGACCGGUGUGUUCGGCAUUCUGGAUUAGUUGCAGUUUGCUACAGAUAGCCUGUGACUUUGAUUCUGCCUCCUCACCUCUCCCUCAGUAUACACACCUUAGUAAGGUAGGUUGAUUAUUCAGUGUAGCUGUCUCCAGAAAGGGACUGAUCUUUUCUAGGCUGUCCCUGGUUAACAGGGGUGGGAGGUUAUGUAAACCCACUUCGAAAUUUUUUAAAUUCAGGAUUUCAUCCUCUUAUUGGUUUGUUAGGGCUGCUAUAACAAAAUAGCACAGACGUGGUGGCUUGCUGGUGUUUAAGCCACCAAUAGAAAUGUGUUUUCCCACAGUUCUAGAAGCUAAAAGUCCAAGAUCAAGGUGUCGGCACGUUUCUCCUAAGGCUUCUCUCCUUGGCUUGCAGAUGGCAGCCUUCUCAACUCUGUGUUCCACGUGGUUGUCUCUCUGUGUUGUCUGUCUCCUAAUCUCUUCUUAGAAGAACACCAGUCAUAUUGGAUUAGGGCCCACCCAGAUGGCCUCAUUUUUCUUUAAUCAUCUCUUUAAAGGCUGUAUCUCCAAGUACAGUCACAUUCUGAGGUACUGACCAUUAGGACUUCAACAUGUAAAUUUGGAAAAAACACAAUUCAGCCCAUAGCCUAUCCGAAUCAAUUCCUGAAUCUGUCUUUCUGGUUCAAUUGUAUUAAAAUGUUUAUCUGCAAAAAUACUUCUGUGCCUCUUGCAUAUAGCCCUUCUGGAUGAAAGUCCUGGAUGAGAAUAAUAGGUGAUGGAAAAAAUAUAAAGUUAGGAUCGCUGAUCUCUGGGGCAUGUUGAUUUUGUAACAAUGAGAAAAAACAGAAACCUGGCACCUAGAGAGCUUUGGGGAGCUUGGGGGAACGUUUAUGAUCUUGGUCAGAACUGAUCUGGAAGCUUUCUCCUCUUUAUGAAGGAAAACUCCUGGCACUGCCUUUCCAUGCUUGAGAAUGCUUUCGGUUCAGAUGGCUGAGCCUGUGAUCAUCCCUGUGCUGAGAAUGUGACAACAGAAGGGGCCUGGCUCCUGUACUUUCCAUACAGAACACCUUUCAGUGUCUCCCACACUCACGAGAUCAUGAGCUGAGUAACCUGGUUUCCUGGACAAACAAGAUUGUUUGGAACUGACUGUCUUCAGGCACUCUCUCAGAAGCUAAGGACUGGAUGAAUUUCUCAGACUGGACUGGAGACUUGUGCAGGAGGCCCCAAGGCAGGAGGCUGCGGUAGAUGGGGUUCCUGAUAACCUGUACGGCCUGCCUAGCGUACGCUCUAGUUGAGGUAUUCUAACAUGAACUCGUUUUCAGUGAUCACAUGUACCCUUUGGAAUUGCACCUCGUCUCUGCACUAUCACCACGCUGCCUCAGCCCUGGAAGGCUUCGGGUCAGCUUGAAUUUACCGGCCACAGCUGUGCCUGAGUCAAUGCCGUGCGCCAGGUAAAAACGAGUCAUGCAGAAACUGAGGAGGAGGCCGCCUGGCUUUCUAAGAUAAACUUUUAUGGUUAGUGGGAUUUACAUUAAUUGGCAUAACUGAGACCAUAUUGCAGGUUGGUCUCAUCCUUGUGUUUGGGGUCCUACCGAUGAUAAUUUUGCUCUAAAGAAGACUUGGCCGGAGACCAAGGGGGUGGACUGUGCAGAAAAGAGCCAAGAAAGCAGGCCUGAGACUGCCCUCCUUCGGAAGACCGCUUGCAAGUUGGCCCUCGGCUGGCAUCUGGGUGCUUGGAUUUCAGGAGGGUUCUCACCAUUCCCUAAAUGAUCAGCGUUGAUCACUGGGCCUAAACUGUGCAAACGGUGUGGCUUAUGUGGCGCACCUGCUUUCCUUCCAGGAACCUGGAAUUUUGGCGUGUGCUAGGCAGAGGGUGCCUGCGUGACCAGCCUCUAGUAAAAGCCCUGGUGCCGGGUCUCUAACGAGCAUCCCUGGUAGACAGCACUUCACAAGUCAUGCUCAUUGCUGGAGGAAUUACAUGUGGCCUGUGUGACUGUACUGGGAGAGGACUCGGGGAAGCUUGGGCUGGUUUCCUCUGGAUUUUGCCCUAUGCACCUUUUCCCUUUGCUGAUUUUGGUUUGUAGCCUUUCGCUGUGAUAAAUGAUAGCCUUCUCUAAGUAGGUCUCUAUGCUGAGUCCUGUGGGUCUCCUAGCGAAUCAUCAAAUUGGGGCGUGGUCUUGGGGCCCCCAACACAGGGCACAAGGGGGACUUCUGGGAUGUUGGUAGUGUUCCCUUUCUCAGUCUGGGUGCUGUUUACAUGGGGUGUCUUUGGUUUGUGAGAAUUCACUGAGCUGUACAACCAAGACAGGUAUGCUUUUUUGGUAUAUAGAUUCAACUUUAUAAAAAGAUAAAACAGAAUAUUACACACCACAGGGAUUAAAAAAUAAUAAUUAAAAAACACUUCUUUUUAUUUAGCAAACAUUUUUAUCACUCCUUUUUACCAGGCAUUGUGCUGGGGCCUUGGGACAUGGGAUAGAAAAGAUGUCAUCACUGCCUUUCAGUUUAUUGGGAGUCAGAUAAAGAGAUGUAUCUCUUUGAUUUCUGUUGAGUUCUAGCAAAGAUAUGACAGACACUAAAGGGUUUCUAACUUGGAUAAUUUGCUAUUGCAGUGUUGCCACUCGAGUAUCUACAGAAGCCAGACAGGCAAAUGGGCAAAGAAUGGUAGCUGGGAACUCUGGCAGACUGGGAAGGUAUGUAGGAAAGAGUUGCCACAGCUAAUAGUUGUUUUUUGGGGUUUUGUUUUUUAAGGAAAAGCCACAGAUCUGAAUUUUUAUGUGAGCUCUCUUGAUUUUUGAGUGCUGUAAAUUAAUCUAAAUUUUAUAAAGUGGGUGGCCAAACAAAAUACCCCUGCAGGCCAAAUUUGGCCUUGGCCUACCAGUUUGCCAGGCAUUCUGUCAACCAGCCUUCUCUCUUACCAAACCAUCAAGGGUCCACUAUUUUAGGCACUGGGAAAUAGAUCAGUGGCCCAGCCAGACAACUUUCUUGCAGAAUGGGGAUUUCUGGACUGUGCUUCUCAAACUUCAGUAUACGUAGGAAUCACUGGGUAGAUUCUGAGUUGGAGAUCUGCGGUGCGCCCUGAAGCUUGGCCUUCCUAACAGGCUCCCAGGUGAUGGUGAUGCUGGUGGUCCCUGAACCAUACUUUGAGUAGCGUUGCUCUGUAAUCCGGAGAGGCUCAGGAGCAGCUGUUUGAAGGAGAGGAGUAGAGGGGUUGUCAUGAAGGUGCAUUUGCCUGGAAAGCAUCCUUUUUUUACUUAGAUUUUAGUUUAUUGGGGUGACUUUGGAAGAAGUUGAUGACUUCGGAGGCGGGUGCUCUGGCUCUCCCAAGCUAUCUCUUGGCGCUGCCAGGUCACUGUUCUGUUUAUAAAGUAGAAGGUGGGGUGGGGGUGGAGGAAGCAGCUAGGAAAAGCUUCCUGCAGGAGGUGCACGUGAACUGCCGGAGUUUCCCCGGCUGCCCUGCAGAGAAAGGGAGAAACCCUGAACUCCCCAUCUCCUGGGGCUGGGUCUCCGCCUCCCCACGCUGGGUAUGGUUUCCCAGGCAUCCCACGUGUCUUCCGUCCUCAAGUACCUGUCAAUCAACUUUCCCCCACGGGCUGGAUAGGAGUUUAAAGGCGGCUGCGGUGCAGAGCGCUCCCAUAGUGCCGCGCGGCGGGCGGGUUUGGAUUUUAAAUCCCCGCGGCCAAUCAGUAGCGCGUAGGCUUUUGUAACGUUCCCGGCGCCGCGUUUGAAUUCGAGGAGGGGCAGAGCGGUGCCAAUCCUCUGCCCAGACCCUGCUAGGUCUGCUGAGCAACUCUGGGAACAUGAGUGCGGCGGCAACUGCAGGAAAGCUGGCGCGGGCACCAGCCGACCCAGGGAAAGCCGGGGUCCCCGGAGUUGCAGCUCCCGGGGCACCGGCGGCUGCCCCGCAGGCGAAGGAGAUCCCGGAGGUCCUAGUGGACCCGCGCAGUCGGCGGCGCUAUCUGCGGGGUCGCUUUCUGGGGAAGGGCGGCUUUGCCAAGUGCUUCGAGAUCUCGGACGCGGAUACUAAGGAGGUGUUUGCGGGCAAGAUCGUGCCUAAGUCGCUGUUGCUCAAGCCGCAUCAGAAGGAGAAGAUGUCCAUGGAGAUAUCCAUUCACCGCAGCCUCGCCCACCAGCACGUAGUCGGCUUCCAUGGCUUUUUCGAGGACAACGACUUCGUGUUCGUGGUGUUGGAGCUCUGCCGCCGGAGAUCUCUCCUGGAGCUGCACAAGCGGAGGAAAGCACUCACUGAGCCCGAGGCCCGCUACUAUCUGCGGCAGAUCGUCCUUGGCUGCCAGUACUUGCACAGAAACCGCGUUAUUCACAGAGACCUCAAGCUGGGCAACCUCUUCCUGAACGAGGAUCUGGAGGUGAAAAUAGGGGAUUUUGGACUGGCAACCAAAGUCGAGUAUGACGGGGAACGGAAGAAGACCCUGUGCGGGACACCUAAUUACAUAGCUCCUGAGGUGCUGAGCAAGAAAGGGCACAGUUUCGAGGUGGACGUGUGGUCCAUUGGGUGCAUCAUGUAUACCUUGUUAGUGGGCAAACCACCUUUUGAGACCUCUUGCCUAAAAGAAACCUACCUCCGGAUCAAGAAGAAUGAGUACAGUAUCCCCAAGCACAUCAACCCCGUGGCCGCCUCCCUCAUCCAGAAGAUGCUUCAGACAGAUCCCACUGCCCGGCCGACCAUUCAUGAGCUGCUCAAUGACGAGUUUUUCACUUCUGGCUAUAUCCCUGCGCGCCUCCCUGUCACUUGCCUCACCAUUCCACCGAGGUUUUCAAUUGCUCCCAGCAGCCUGGAUCCCAGCACCCGGAAGCCUCUCACAGUCCUCAAUAAAGGCAUGGAGAACCCCGUGGCUGAGCGUCCCCGGGAAAAAGAGGAGCCAGUGGUGCGGGAGACCAGUGAGGCGGUUGACUGCCACCUCAGCGACAUGCUGCAGCAGCUCCACAGCGUCAACGCCUCCAAGCCCUCGGAGCGGGGGCUGGUGAGGCAAGAGGAGGCUGAGGAUCCCGCCUGCAUCCCCAUCUUCUGGGUCAGCAAGUGGGUGGACUAUUCGGACAAGUACGGCCUCGGGUAUCAGCUGUGUGACAACAGCGUGGGGGUGCUCUUCAAUGACUCGACGCGCCUUAUCCUCUACAAUGACGGGGACAGCCUGCAGUACAUCGAGCGUGAUGGCACAGAGUCUUACCUCACCGUGAGCUCCCAUCCCAACUCCUUGAUAAAGAAGAUCACCCUCCUUAAGUAUUUCCGAAACUACAUGAGCGAACACUUGCUGAAGGCGGGUGCCAAUAUCACGCCCCGCGAAGGCGAUGAGCUAGCCCGGCUGCCCUACCUGCGCACCUGGUUCCGCACCCGCAGCGCCAUCAUCCUGCACCUCAGUAAUGGCUGCGUGCAGAUCAACUUCUUCCAGGACCACACCAAACUCAUCUUGUGCCCACUGAUGGCAGCCGUGACCUACAUCGACGAGAAGCGGGACUUCCGCACGUACCGCCUGAGCCUCCUGGAGGAGUAUGGCUGCUCCAAGGAGCUGGCCAGCCGGCUGCGCUACGCGCGCACCAUGGUGGACAAGCUGCUGAGCUCGCGGUCCGCCACCAACCGCCUCAAGGCCUCCUCGUAGCCCCCGACCCCCACCAAGGACUGGCACCUUCCUCUCCCCAACCAGCACCUGGCCCCACGCUGGUCAGCUCCCGUGGUGCUGCUGUAUAACGUGCCCCCCAGCCCUGGGGGCUGGGGCGAGAGCCGGCAUCCCUGCGGGUGGGGGCUCUGUGUAAGUUAUUUUUGUACAUGUUCCGGUGUGGGUUCUGUGUCCUCCUCCCCGUCCCUCUCAACCCCACCAUAUGAAUUGUACAGAAUAUUGCUAUUGGAUUCGGGACUGUCCUUUCCUUGCCUUUAUACAUUAAACACGUGUGAAUCGUC